AUGGACGGAAAGAAAAGGGUAAGGUUAAGUGGGGCAGAGUAUCGCAAGAGAGCUAAAGAAAAAGAUGAUAAACAAAAAGAUACGAUUAAAAAAACACGGAAACUAGACGAUUUCUUUGGAAAACUUGAUGUUCCAAGUAGUAGUGGCGCUCCGUCAACUGAUGAUUCUGCAGUGUCUUCAAGUGAAAAUACUUUGAUCGAUGUGGCAAGCAUAUCGAAAGAACAAGCCGAAGAUGUCCCUCUAGUACCAGGAGUGGCAGGAGUAGGAGUGCAGCCCAAUCCUACGGACCAGGAGCUCUACGAAAUCAGCGACGAUCCAGCUAAAUGGACAAUCGACGAGUUCACGCGUGAUCACAUUUGUAAGAACGGAGCCAAUCAAAACAUCCAAAAUGAUUUUCCUAAAAGUGAGCGCAUUUACAAAGAUAAAGCGCGACAGUUGUCGAGACAUUUAUUCGAACGUCAGCUUCUGAACGAGCUUAUCGCUGAGUUCGAUCCGUUCUUAGCCAAACACAUUACACGUUAUGGAAAUCCAGGCUCAGGAUUUACGAGUUAUCUUUCUUCAACAACAUGCGAAGAAUUCAUUCGACUUAUGGGAAACAAAGUUUUGGAAACAAUUGUUAUGGAAAUAUCAACCGCAAAAUAUUUUUCUCUGAUUAUUGACUCGACACCGGAUAUAUCUCACGUAGACCAGCUCACUUAUGUUAUCAGAUAUGUCCUGCCUAAUGGGUCACCUGUAGAACGGUUCCUCAAGUUUAUUCCAAACACAGGCCACAAAUCACAACAAAUGGCAGAUGCUGUUACCUCAACUUUAACUGAAUUGGGAAUUGACAUUUCAAACUGCCGCGGGCAAUCAUAUGACAAUGCAGCUAACAUGUCAGGCAUAUACAACGGCCUGCAAGCUAAAAUAAAGGAAAUUUCACCCCUUGCCGACUAUGUUCCCUGUUCAGCACACUCGCUUAAUUUAGUAGGUGAAUGUGCUGCUGAAAGCAGCCAAGAGGCUUGUUCGUUCUUUUUUCUACUCCAAGAGUUAUACAAUUUCUUUGCAGCGUCAACUCAGCGUUGGGAACUCCUUCAAACCCAUUUCACCGUCAAAAGUCUAUCAACGACUCGUUGGUCAGCUCGUGCAGACGCAUGCAAAAGUUUACGCGAAUCCUGGAAUGAAAUCCAUAAAGCGCUAGUCACCAUCGAAAAUGACACACAACAGAAGAGAACCGUUAUAUGCGAAGCAAGAGGUAUUCGUUUGAAACUGGAACGUUUUGAAACGGCUCUCAUGGCUGUUUUUUGGGGAUGUUUACUAGAUCGCAUUAACGCCACAAGUAAAAAACUUCAGAGUGUGGAAAUUGACAUUACUAUUGUUAUAGAACUGUACGAGGCUUUAAUACAUUUUGUUGGCGAAACAAGAGAGAAUUUCGAUGAAUUCGAAAAAAAAGCGAAUAAACUGUCCUUCGUACAGGAAUAUGAAAAAGAUUUUCGACGCAAUCGAAAGCGUAAGCUGCUUCCUGGCGAGACUAAUACAGGUGAAGAGAUGCAACAAAGUGGCCGUGAAAAUUUUAGAAUACAUACUUUUUUGGUAGUAAUUGAUACAUUGUCAGAAGAACUGAAAAGACGCCGGGAUGCUUAUAAAUUACUCUACAAUAAAUUCCACUUUAUUACCAACCUGAAGAAUCUAAGCAUCUCAGAAGUCGAAGAUAAGGCCAAAGCAUUGCAAAUGAUUUAUUCUACUGACUUAGAAGACAAUUUUACAGAAGAAUGUCUUCAUUUUCGUUCCCACUGCAGCAUAAAAAAUGAGGAGCAAAAGAGUGCAGUCAGUUUGUUGAAAUGGUUACGAACCGAAGGUCUUCAAACCAUUUAUCCAAACGUGGAUAUUGGUCUUCGAGCGAAGUUCGCAACCCAAAACAACCAAAACAAAACAAUGGAGCAACCCUCUAUUCCAAAUGCUAAUCCACAGCAACCACAACCCCGCGCUUACAGAGGUCACCCCUCUGAGCAAAGGAACCCCAAGGCCCCUAACUCAUGGAAGGAUAACAAUCCUCCUAGAGAGCAAGCGCCUUCCCAGCCCAACAGACCUCAAAAACAUGUUGCGCUCAAUAAGCCCUAG